AUGGUGAGGGGAAAAACACAGAUGAAGCGAAUAGAGAAUGCAACAAGCAGACAAGUGACUUUCUCUAAGAGAAGGAAUGGUUUGUUGAAGAAAGCCUUUGAGCUCUCCGUGCUUUGUGAUGCUGAAGUUUCUCUAAUCAUCUUCUCUCCUAAGGGAAAACUUUAUGAAUUCGCCAGCUCCAAUAUGCAAGAUACCAUAGAUCGUUAUCUGAGGCAUACCAAGGAUCGAAUCAGCAGCAAACCGGUUUCUGAGGAAAAUAUGCAGCAUUUGAAACAUGAAGCAGCAAACAUGAUGAAGAAAAUCGAACAACUUGAAGCUUCCAAACGCAAACUCUUGGGAGAAGGCAUAGGAACAUGUUCGAUUGAGGAGCUGCAGCAAAUUGAGCAACAACUUGAGAAAAGUGUUAAAUGUAUUCGAGCAAGAAAGACUCAAGUGUUCAAGGAACAAAUUGAGCAGCUCAAGCAAAAGGAGAAAGCUCUAGCUGCAGAAAACGAGAAGCUCACUGAAAAGUGGGGAUCUCAUGAAAUCGAAGUGUGGUCGAAUAAGAAUCAAGAAAGUGGAAGACGUGAUGAAGAGAGUAGCCCAAGUUCUGAGGUAGAGACGCAAUUGUUCAUUGGGUUACCUUGUUCUUCAAGAAAGUGA